AUGGCAACUAAUAAAAACUUUCAUAAAUAUCCAAGUCAAAAUUUUGAAAAUUUGAAAUUAGAUAAUGAAAGUGAGCAAGUAACAGAUUCAGAAUCUGAAAUUAUUCAAAGCACAACUGAUACUUCUACUGCCCAGACUUCAACAAGCAAAUCUAUUAUUAAACCUAAAAAAGAAAGUUUUAGAAAACAAGAUUUAAUUUGGAAUUAUUAUGAUGAGCAUAUUGAUCCUAUUACAAAAAUUAAAAUAGUAAUAUGCAAAGCUAUGAUUCAAAAAGAAAACAAAGAAGUUAAAUGUGGAAAAGAAGUAACUUAUAACAAUUCUAGUGGCAAUAUGUAG